GACACAGGCUAGUUUGGCGGGGUAAGGCACGAGAUGUAAUCAGAGCCUAUUUUUUUGGACAGCAAGCGUGUUUCCUGGGGCAUAACUGUCGAUUAUUUGUGGUUUUGGAAAUUACAAUAAAAUAUUUACAAAAUCCCUCUUCUCCUCAUCCACUUAGAUCUGACUUGUAAGGCAUGAUGAAAGUCUUUCAUAUAUCUAAAAGUAACAACCGAUCGGGUAAAAAGAUCAAACAUACUCGGACAAAGAUUUUAAAGAAACAAAAUUCAAGGGGGAAGGACCAUCAAUGUUUGUCGCUUGUACUCCAAUGCUAAAAGCAUUCGUUUUUGAUAAACACAGCACGAUGCAGUUGCAUUUUAUUUAAUAUCUAUAUCUUGCUGAGUAUGCAGUUUAGGGAAUAAAAACCAAUGAAGGCAGGUAGUUUGUUGGUCACUUAAAUCGCCCAAAGGAAGGUAAAGAGUGCUAUCCAAAUACUUUACUGUUGACAGAUAGAAUGUUUCCUCUAGAAACAUCUGGAACCCGAUUUUAAUAAUUUAUAAAAACUGUAGUUUAGCGUGGGCUAAAUACUGUUUAUAUAUCUAUUUGAAAAUUCAUAGCUUUCUAGGUGAUUAGCCUGUGCUCUAGGUGAUUUGAGCCGAGACACACGUGGGAGACAACUAACUAUUUAUGAGCCUAACAAUAACAAACCUUAAGUACGAUGAUGAAUGUGUUUGCAAAAGCCUUUUCGUUAGAACAUCAUAACAACUUCUGGGCAAAGAUCUGCUUUUAGUAAUUAGCCCUGAAUUGCUUAAGCAACUGUUUGAAUAAUAUAGAAAAUAGCCAGGGAACUGCAAUAAAGCCAGUCCUACGCUUCAAUUAACUAUUCUCAUUGCUCACGGAUUAAUAUCAAAACAGAACUUAUUUCAAAUUGAGCAGCAAUAUGGCUAACUCUGUAGGAACCAUAAUGAUUUGUGGGCACAUGUGAAAUGGCAGUCUGUCCCCUAUUGUGAAAUUCACGCACCGUUGAGCUUGAUCGAGAAUUAAACGAUUUAAACCAAUCAGAGACAACUUUGAUUCCAGAGCUUUUGAAUCAAAUGGCCGUUGUAGUGAAGUUGUGGCUAGAAAAUUUGGCUCCCUGUUUGGUUUCUGCGAGAAAUAUGUUCACAGCGAAAGGAGAUGCUUCCAUUAUCAUCAUUUAAUUCCAGUAAUUAAAUCUUCUUGCAUUACCGAUAGCUUUAUGCUCGCAGUUUCAAAUGUUGUCCACUACAGCAGCUAGGCCAGCCAAAGCAAGCAUCGAAGACCUAUUGUUCAUAUUAGCCAAUCAUUGAGGGAACAGACUGCCUUUAAAGAGAGAGGGGAACCUAUGAUUAUUAGGAUUUCCUCAACCAUCCUACCCGUAAUAAAUCAUGUUUUGGCGAAAAUGCGACUAAUCGGGAAUUGAAUUAACGAGGUCACGACACCAACAGAAGAAGUGCAACCAAGCGUGGUAAAAAAUUACUCGACCAUGAAGAGGAGCCCAGAAGCAAUGUUUUGUGCUUUGUCUGCUGAGUUUUUCUGCUGGAAAAGAAAAGUCUUGAAAUUUUGUUCUUGCUAACCUGUUCUUACUAACCGGUAGAAGACAGAUUCAAAAUGACCAUCGAAGGUGACGAGCGGCCUGGACAGUUACCAAGCACAUCACCGGAUAACGCACAACAAAGCCCAAAGCAGAUGCCAGUAAACAGAGGUGAGAUUAAAACUCCUGACAGCAAGCCAAUAGACGUAAAAGAGCAAGAGAAACACAAGCAAGUUUCGAGAGAGAAAGGCCUUUCCCUUUUCGCCGCCAUUUUCUUUGUCACUGGCGACGUAGUUGGGGCCGGCAUAGUCGCGUUACCCUACGCUAUGAAACUUGCCAACUACUACGGCAUCCCAAUGUUUGUCAUUUCAUCGCUAGUUAUGUGCUACUGUGGAUUUUUGCUGGCAAAAGCAUGCAACCACAUUCUGGGGACUGAAGUCGACCGUGAAGAGAUGCGUGCACCGUAUGCAACGCUUGGUGAGCGUGCAUGCGGAAAAGCGACGCGACACGUUGUAACGUUUACGCUGAAUAUCUCGCUUGUUCUGACAUGCAUUGUGUUCAUUUUGCUAGCCGGUGAGGUCUUUUCCGUUUUAAUAGACCUACCGCUCGAAGGAGUUUCGCAUCGCAACAAGUUGAGAAUCUGGUUUGCAAUUUGCGGCGGUGUUCUUUUGCCGCUGACUUUGUUUGGCACGCCAAAAGACUUCUGGGGUAUUGCACUGUUGGCAUCCCUCACGAGUGGUGUUGCAGUGACCCUCAUCACGACAAACCUGGUUUGGGUGACCAAAACAGGCCUUCAAAGACCUACGCCUCCACCAACAAAUUUCGAAAAAAUAGUCGCAUCAUUUGGCACUGUUUUGUUUGGUUUCGGCGGCGUGACAAUCUUCCCCACCAUACAAAACGACUUGAAAGAGCCAAAGGACUUCCACAUCGCAGUUGUUAUUGGCUAUCUAAUCGUGACAGCAAUUUAUAUUGGCAUUCCGCUUGCAUCAUACUUUGUGCUCGGAGAUUUGAUUGGAGAGGACAUCCUCACAACGCUGACAGCACUACCAAUCUUUGCAGAGUCAAAAGUCUUCAAAUGUCUGGUAAUAGUCACCCAGGGCCUGAUAUGCGGUCACGUACUCUGCGCUUUCAUUCUCAAUAUCAACCCCGUAUAUCAGCAACUGGAGGGGCAUUUUGGAAUACCGACAAAGUUCUGCUGGCAACGAGUAGUCAAUCGAGCUUUCAUGAUGGUAAUUAUUGUUGCUGUUGCUGUUGUUGUCCCUAGCUUUGGCCCAGUCCUCUCUCUCGUCGGCGGAUCUUUUCAAGGACUUCUCGCAAUCAUUUUCCCAGUCGUUUUCUAUUCGAGGCUGCAUGACAUAUCCUGUUUUCAGUCGCUGUUUUUCUCAGCAAUAAUAUUAAUUGCUACUGUUGGUUCUUUUGGCAAUGCCUAUGUCGAGAUAAAGAAUGUAGUCGACGUCGUCUUGGACCGAUAUAAGGCGUAAGCGAAAUCGCAAAUUUUGGGUUUACACAAAGACCAAGCGCCGGGGUGGAGCGAAGAUACGCACAGAUGAACCAUAGACCAGUGACGGCCGUCUGCGCGGAAUUAUUGUACACGCAAAGCGGAUGGACUAAGACACCGUGUUCAUAGUGUUGAAGAAUAGUUAAAAGAGAUGAAAAUCUCUGAAUUAUGGUGCUCGUUAGGGAUAAUAGAAGUCUGGUUAAGGCACAAUAGGUCACAUAUGGACAAAGAACAAAUAAUUUCAAGAAUUACGCACACUACACUACCGAACACUUCCGCCAUUAAACAAUUUCAUUGCAUAACUCUAAUAUUGGGUUAAAGUUCACUUUUAUGGAUAAUCAUUCUUACGCUAUCAUUCAGUCCUAGUUGAAAAGGAUCGCAACCUGUAACCAACAUUCUUUUAAUACAGCAAAAGCUCUUUUAAGCCUUACCUCUCCAUCAAGCACCCCUUUUCUUUUAAGCUCCCCCUUUACUAAGCCAAAAUUUAAAAUAAGCCCCUCUCUCCAAUAAGCCCCCCUCUAGGACUGUAAAAAUAAAUAAGCCCCUCCCCCCUCAGGGGCUUAAAAGAGCUUUUACGGUAUUCCCCGUGAAUGCAAACACGUUUAUAUUUCUCCUGCUUAAAACUCUGGAGAAGUCAAAUGAAAAAGCAAAAGAUGUAAAGCAUUUACUUGAAGUUAACAAAAGACAUCUGCUAAACGGGAGAGAUAUAAAAGAGUGGGUGAAGGAGAGAAAUCAAUAGUGGAGGGAAGAAGAGGAGCGAGCUACUGAAUUAGAAGUUUGAGAAACGAAAAAAUUGCUUAGGCAUCAAAAAAUUGGAAACUCUGUAGUAUGGGUGAC